AUCAGUGUUCAGCUUCCGUAAGUGCAGAAAUGUCUUUUCUGAGCUCUUUGACUCUUCACAACAGGAAGUAAACAGGAACAAUAACCAUAACUGAACCGGUUAUAAUUACGAAAACAUACUUCUUUAUCAGCAACGAUGGAGGAAUACAACUCUGGAGAUGAGGUUCUCUUCAAUGCCGACGAGGUUAAUAUCUCAAUUAAAGAGUGUAUCGAAGGUGUUAUUGGUGGAGCAGAUUACAACCAGAGUAAAGUGAACCAGUGGACGGCCAGUAUAGUGGAGCAGUCUCUGACUCACCUGGUAAAACAAGGACGGCCGUUCAAAUACAUAGUAAACUGUGCGGUCAUGCAGAAGGGCAGCACUGGUCUCCACACAGCCAACUCCUGCUACUGGGACACUGCCACUGAUGGAAGCUGCACGGUGAGGUGGGAGAAUCGCACCAUGUACUGUGUGGUCAGUGUGUUUGCUGUUGCUGUGGCGCUGUGAGCUGCUCUCUCUCUCUCUCUCUCUCUGUUAACACCAUCAUGUCUGAAGCUUGAAAUGGCAUGGUGACCAAGAAGCCAUUAAGAAUUCUCUGAUGAUACCUUCUGUAUGUACAAGUAGCUUAUUUCUCCCCACAGGCUUGAACAACUUAACGUCAGGAUAAGUAUUGUGGUUUGUAAGUUGACAGCCUGCGUUUGUGUGAGGAAAAUCUUGCUAGUCAGGACCAAAACUCAGAAUUCAACCCUGAAUCAGUGACUUCUUGGGUCAUCAAAUGUU